AUGUCUAACCAACAACCUUCUGUAGUGUGGAGUCGUUUUGAGAGAACAGUCGAAGAUGGAAGAAUUUUAACAUUCGAAAUUACUGAUAUUCCGGAGUCUAUGUGGAGUACUGCAGUGGAAUUUAUGCUGGGAAAUUACUUAAGGGAAGACGUUUGGUGGACUACUGUUGGUACAGCGAAGAAUCCUGAUGCAGUACAAGAGUACCGAGUAUUGCUGACAUCGAUUGUUAAGCAGAAAAUGAGUUUGGCGUGCUUCCUCGCAGCUGGAGACGGUUCAGGACACACGCUUGUCGGUGUCAACAUUUGCUUGCCACAAGAAAAGGGACGCUUCGUUGAACACAGCCCGCCGAAAACGAAGGCAGGUUUAACUUCGCUACGUUUGUUCGUAGAGGCUAUGAAAGUGACAGUGAUAUAUGAUAAAUACAACGUGAAUGAAUAUCUCAUGGGAGCUGGCCUCUCUGUAACACCAGAAUACAGAGGCCUCGGUAUUGGUGUCGAAUUAUUGAAAGCGAGAAUGAAACUAACAAAGACUUUGGGUCUUAAAGCAACUGGUGGAAUAUUUACAAGUAUGCAGGCGCAACGAGUGGCGGCUAAAGCGGGCAUGGAGUGUUUGUAUGAAAUUACAUAUAAAAAAUUCGGGAAACAAUGCCAUAUAACAUUUGAUACUGACACAGAGUUUUUGAAAAUAUUUGCAAUAAAUAUUGAUAACUAA